AUGCACGCGACACCAGUUGCAGCAAGCCAAGUGGAAGAUGAGGCGUCACCGCUUUUGACGUGUGUUGCAGCUAUCCCCAGUUUACCGCCAGACGAGCUACAAAUUUUGGGAUCCACUCCUCCAAGCUCCAUCCAACCGUCAAUCGCCAACCACCAACCUCGUUCCUAUGUUGAAUCCUAUUCAGUCUUGAUCGGAAGAUUACCCACAAUCUUCCGAAUUCUCAGCUAUUGUGUAUAUCCUCUAUUCGAGACUGGAGACUCUGACUCGGUUAUUGACUCGGCUAUCAGUCGGUUUCUUGCAAAAAAGCACUCAAUCGUGUGGAGUUUAUAUGCAGCAAUUCCCAGCCUAAACUGCAUGACUGCGGUAUCAACACCUAACCACUGUCAACAAGCUCGGUACGAAAUGCCUUCUUUACCUAUCGUCCAGACUUUUCCAUGA